AUGCGGCAUCUUUCAGAGGAUCCACCGAACAAGCAGUAUACAUUUCUUUUCUUUUUGAGAGAGAGAACAACCAGUAGACAACAGAAGUCUGAAUGCAAGAAACUGCACAUAUCUGAAAGUUAGUGCAGGGCUUGGAACUGCAACAAAUGAUUCUGAAUUGUGACCGGGUGCUGGAGGAGAUGAAGAUAAUCACUGACCUAGAUGUGAGACGUACAAAUUUAGAGGGCUUGGGAAAGCAAGAUGCUUUAUGACUGAGUUCACAUAUUGAAAUAGUCAGUGGAUCUAGUGAUUUGAUAUGUAAAAGUAAAACUGUGCCACAACAAAGAAUGAAAGUAAUAAAAGCCAUCCAUCAGUCUCAUAUACUUCUUCAACUUGCUGGAGAACCAGCCUAGUCUGCCAGAAGCCACGGUACGGUAGGCCCCGCCACUCACAGGUUGUUGCCAUGAUAGAGCCCUAGAACCAUUAGUCAACUCAGCUCAGUCACUGCUCAAGCUUUAAAUGAACCAUUAGUCCACUCAACUCGAUCACUGCUCAAGCUUUAAAUGAAGCCCAGUCAUCAAGAUUUUUUAUACCCGCCUGCUUCACAAUUGUCUCCAGUUUCUUACAUCUUCCGAGAAUAAUUACUAUUAAAGUUCACCCUGUUUAGUCUUGGACCAACUAAUCUCCCCUGCACCUCUUUCCACAUAAGCCCUAAUCUCCCCUGCACCUCUUUCUACAUAUAAGCCCGCCCAUAACAUUAACGAGCAGCACAAUCACACUGCGCCCAGUCCCAGUGCUCCCUCUCUUAACACCACCAAAGCCAUGGGCCAGGCUAGGGCUUACCUCCUAGCCUCCCUAGCGGCAUUCUACCUCGUCGCCCUGGCCACCCCUCAGGUCACUGCCGACAUCACCGACGAGGUCAAUCUCCUGUGGGGCAAGUGCAACGUUGUCCGUGAUGGCGCCGGCCGACAGACUGUCGCGAUGAGUCUCGACCGCAGCACAACCUCCGGAUUCAGCUCGAAACUCAAGUACCUCUUUGGGAGGAUUGACAUGGAAAUCAAGCUCAUGCCCGGGAACUCAGCCGGCACAGUGACAACAUUUUAUAUGAUGUCGGAGGGACCAUGGCAAUACCACGAUGAGAUCGACCUUGAAUUCUUGGGGAACAGCACCGGCAACCCCUACACCCUGCACACCAAUGUGUAUGCUAGAGGCGUAGGCAGCAGAGAGAAGGGGUACCGGCUUUGGUUUGAUCCCUCCCAGGACUUCCACACCUAUAGCAUCAUUUGGACCCAACAAUACAUCCGAAUCCUUGUCGAUAACAAGCUGCUCCGGCAGAUCAAGAACCAGAUGAUGUUUGGUGCCCCCUAUCCAAACUAUCAACCAAUGAGGGUGUACAGCACCAUCUGGAAUGCAGAUGACUGGGCGACACAGGGUGGGCGGGUCAAGACUGACUGGUCACUAGCGCCGUUCACAGCAUACUUCCGGAACUACAAGGCCACCGCCUGUUCUCCAAGCUCCAAGGCCUGUAGCCAGAGCUCCCCUGGUUCGUUCGGCACGGAACUGGACCAGACGCAGCAACAGCAACUGAAGGAGGUGGCUGCCAACUCCAAGGUCUAUGAUUACUGCGAUGACUCAAAGAGGAGGAUUGGGUCCCCCAAGGAUUACGAGCUCAUGGUUGAGCUUGGUUGCCGCCGCCAGGUUCAGGGCGACGGUGUCCAUGCCAAGAGGCGGCUUGAGGCAUGGGGUGGCUAUGGAGGAGGGAGGCGGCAACGAACUACGAGAGCGGGCAGCGUGGUGCAAGAUUUAAAGGGGUAUUAUUGGGUAUCAGUUAGAGAACGUUAAUUCCCAAAAACGUAAAUCAAGAUUAGCGUUGCCCUCACGGC